GGACCUGGACAAGACCAUAGCACAGGAACAGGGGGCAUACAGGAGCUAGAUAGACUGACAAAAGAGAGGAUAUCCGUACACGCUGCAUUUUCAACCAGCUAUAGAGAGAGAGAGAAAAAAAUUCAAAAUAUUUCGUGAAGGCUUAUUUGUUGCAAUCUCAUCACCAGAAAGGAAAUCAUAACAUUUGCUUAUGGUCAUUUAAAAGUAAUUUAUUGCCACCAAUAUGGAAUUUGUAAAUAUGGCAUAUUCUGACCAACAAAUCAAGCCGUUUAACGGAGGGUCCGAGCGUAACGGACCCGAUGUGAUACCUGCUGUAGUUUCAGGACGUAAGGCUGCCAGAUCACUCCGAUUAUUCCGAGGUGAUAGUACUGCUACCAAUGCCAAGGAUGGGGUAGUGGAGGACGAUGACAGCGUUGCGCCCGAUGCUGUAAUGGCAGGGACAAACCCACAUAUCAUUAAUGAUGUACCCAAUGAAUUAUCCUCCAACACAACUAAUAAUACUAAUCAUGGCACCGUUAGGACGAGAGUCUCGAUACUGAGAGAAUCACCAUUGAAACCACUGCCAUCUAAACGGAAAAGUAUCGAUGGACGGAAACAAUCAACGUCAUCGGAGUUGGGGAUCGGCUUAGAACCGGUAUCUUCCGCCACGUAUUUCCCACACACACCAGCCAGAUCGAUUGACGGCUAUUCCUCAGAUAAGGACACCAUUGAAACACAGCAUUUAACCGCAGACCUCGAGUUUGACCACUCCAAUGAUGGAGAUAUUACCAUGAUUCAAAAGUUUGUCAAUGAAAAGGAUUCAACAUUACCCGGGAAAUUCCAAGAGUUAUCGGUGGGUACCCACCCUUCUAAAUCCACGAUAGCUACUCAGAACAGAAUUCCAGAAGAAACAGAAGAAACAGAUAAUCCAAUAGAUUCAAGAACUGUGACAUUCGGUAAGGAUGAAGUUCAUGAUAUUUCCACGGCAUCAAUGUCGAACACAUAUGACGAAGACUAUACAGAUCAAUUCUCACUUGUAGACGACGAGGAUUACCCACUUGCAGUGGAGCUUAGACCGUUUAAGAACAAGGUUGGAGGUCAUACGGCCAUUUUUAGAUUCUCAAAAAAGGCUGUUUGUAAGGCAUUGAUGAAUCGAGAAAAUUUAUGGUAUGAAACCGUUGAACUUCGAGUUCCUGAACUAUUGAAAUUUAUGCCCAAAUAUAUCGGUGUACUUAAUGUGCGGUAUUCCAGCAUUUUACACGAAGAAGCUCCAGCUAGUCAACCGGCUACACGUACUGGUAGUAUGAUUGACGACUCUUGUAGUCUUGCUGAUCAUGGCAAGAGCAAGAAUAAUAACGAGUCUACUACUAAUACCACUACUAUCACUACCAGUAUCAAGAGUAACAAUGUUGAUGUUUCUCUUGACGGAGACCUUCCUCCAGAGGUUGUUCUUGAUGACAAUAAACAUAUCAUUCCUGAUUCCUUAUGGAAACAAUAUUCACAUACAUCCCCACAUGAUUCAUUUAUUUUGGAUUCCAAUGGGGUUAAUUCUAUCUCUGAAAAGAAAUCUUCAUUUCCAAACACUCCACCAACGGAUUCUUUAGAUAUGCCUAAAAGUCUUGACAAUAUCAGCUUUUCAGGGAAAUCUCCAUCCUCAUUAUCACCACCUCAUAUGGCUAUUAAUAGCCCUAGAACUAUGGUAUUCAAUAAAGUUGGAUCUACAUCGAUAAACACCGAUUUACAAGCACAAGUGCUUCAAGAGGUUUUCGCACCUAAAAAGCCCAAGAAAUUGUUUAGUAAUGACCAUGAGAUCUUUUCGAUGGAUGACGAUGAUGCCACUUCCGUGAAAACCGUGGAUGAUGACGAAGAUGUGACUUCAUUAACGGCCAAACAUAACAGAAGAAGGUCUUCACUUGCAUCGAAUAAUUCUACAAGUAAUUCCGCAUAUCAUUCACCAAGACUUGGUGCAUCAUUGGGGAAGCCCACUAAUGAAAUUGGGAACUCCUCAUUAUGUACAAAUAACACAAACGAUAGGAGCCAUCCUAUUUUAAGGAAACAUACUAGAUUUGAAAGAUUUAUUCUUCUUGAAGAUCUUACGGCAGAUAUGAGCAAACCUUGUGUAUUGGAUUUGAAAAUGGGGACAAGACAAUACGGUGUAGAAGCAAAACCUUCAAAACAAAAAUCACAAAGAAAUAAAUGUCUUCAUACUACAUCUAGAAAGUUGGGAGUAAGAAUUUGUGGUAUGCAAGUUUGGAAUGUUGUACAAGAGAAAUUCUUUAUUGAAGAUAAAUAUUUUGGAAGAAGUAUUAAAAUUGGACAAGAAUUUGCAAUGAGUAUUGCCAAAUUUUUAUAUGAUGGUAAACUGAACUACUCUAUUUUACGUCAUAUCCCACAUUUGAUAAGAAAAUUUAGUAAUCUAUGCGAAGUUUUUAGGACAUUAAAGGGUUAUAGAAUGUAUGGGUCAUCCAUCUUGUUGAUGUAUGACGGAGACCCAUUGCAAGAAGUAGCCAGUGCCAAGGAACAUUACAUCAAGGUUAGAAUCAUCGAUUUUGCCCAAUCAGUUAUUGCUGAUGAUUCACUCCCAACUUCUACAACAAUCCCUCCGGAAUAUCCAGAUCUCCCAGACAUGGGAUACCUUCGUGGAUUAAAAUCUUUAACGAGAUAUUUUAAGGUUAUUUUCAAACAACUUUCAGGAAAUGAAUAUUUAGGAUUUGAAGAAGCAUUAAAAGUAUUGGAAACUGAGCAUGAACGCCUUUCCAAAACUAAUAACCCCUGGUUAGAUCAGUAUGCAGAGCAACUGAAUCUGGGAGAUGAUAAAACCAUUCUUAAACAGGAUGAAUUAAAUCCAUUCGCGUGCGAAUAUCCUGAAUAUGGAGAGGAAGAUGAAGAAGGUAUAUCUGAAUAGAAAUUGUUAGGUUAAGUAAUAUAUAGUAGGUAAAUAGGGAAUAAUGAUAAUUUCAUAACUAACUAAUAGGG